CUAACCCUGAACACGACAAUCUCCCUAGUAUUCGGUUGGUACACCUGCAAUGCAUCAAUUUUGAAAACGUGAAUGUCGUGUUUUUAGGUUACAUUAGGUUAUGUUUUGGGGUUUCGAAAUUAUACAGAAGGAAUACGUAAACUACGAUGUCAUUGUGUAAAAUUCAUAACGUGCGUUUUUACAAACCGAAAACUCGGUCAAUUUAUAAUAUAGCCUUGCGGAAACCUAAAAAAAAAUUGGCUGUCGCGAGGUCUGACGCUACAAUUGAAAUAUGGGACGUAAAUAAUUCAGCUGUAAUAGAAAAAACAAUAUAUCCAACAAUCGAGUUUAAUUUAGUUGAAGGAUUAGCUUGGUGCAAUGACAGGUUAUUCUCAGUAAAUUUACAUGGUUUUCUCAUUGAAUAUGAUUUAUAUAAAUUAUGUGUAAAACAAGCUGUUAGUGUAACUGGUGGUGCUGCAUACUGUAUAGAUGCUAACCAAAAGAAACAAAUAGCUGUUGGUACUGAACAAGGUUUUGUAAAUAUUUACAAUCUAGAAGAAGAACUUAUUUUUGAUUGUGUAUUUGAUAAACAAGAGGGAAGAAUAAUUAGCAUUAAAUUUGACAAAACUGGUGAUUUUAUUGUAACUGGUAGUAUAGAUGCCAUAAGAAUAUGGGAAGUAUUAACUGGACAUGCGUUGCACAAGCUAUCACCAGGAAGAAGUGAAGUAAACAAACCUACAAUAGUCUGGUGCUUGGAAGUCGUAAAUGAUUUCACAGUCAUCAGUGGAGACUCAAGAGGCAAACUGACAUUCUGGGAUGGCAAAGUUGGUGCACAAAUUGAAUCAUACCAAUCUCACAAGGCAGAUUUAUUAGCCAUAUGUGUCUCAGAUGAUGAAAAAUCCCUGUAUUGUGCAGGAGCUGAUCCCUGUAUAUCUAAUUAUGUUCAAGUCUCAGUUAAAGAUGGCACUAAAAAAUGGGUUAGAAGUAUCCAAAGGAGAAUCCAUGAGCAUGAUGUUCGAGCUCUUGUAUUGGUACACCAGAAAUUGUACUCUGGUGGAAUAGAUGGAUAUCUAGCAUGUAGUUUCCACCCACCAAAAACAUUGUUGAGGUCACCACCUGUAAUGCAAAAUCGUUGCACAGAUAUCACUGAAUCCAGACACAUUUUAUUAAGAUAUCCAACUCAUUUGGAAGUUUGGAAGUUAGGAGAAGGAGAUGCAGUUGAACGAGAUUACAAGGGAAUUGUACCUGUGGUGUCUGAGCCCAAGAAGUUGUUGGUAUUGCAAAGAACUGUUAAAAAUAGUGAUGGAGAAAAGGACCAGGAAGGUAUUUGUGCAUCCUGUAUUUCUAAUAAUGGAAAGUGGGUGAUGUUUAGCACCUGCAGUGGCACUACUUUAGUUAUAUUUCAAGAAGAUAAUAAGCCUGCAUUGAGAAAAGUUCAAUUGGAAAAUGCCAAUGUACAAUGUAAUAAAGCCAUAUUUACUAAAGACAGUUCUCAAUUAAUUUUGGCUCCCUGUGAGGGUGGAUUAGCAGUAUAUACAAUGGGAGAAGAUAGUGUUAGUUUAUCACAGGAAAUUACUUUUGCUUCUUCAGAGAUAUCAGAUUCAGUUACCCAUCUUAUAUCAUCCGAUUGUGGUAAAUAUUUAGUUGUGGGCGAUGCAUCCAGUAAUAUUGUAAUUUUACAUCAUUACAAAACUGAUGGUUGGAGAACUCAUUGUAAAUUACCAAAAUAUUCUGAGAGUGUUACUGCAAUAGGGUUGCAUUCUUCAUUACAGAAUAUAGUGGUCUCAUAUUCCGACAAUAAGAUUGUUGAAUUCGAUUAUAAGAAAAGACUUUUCACCCAAUUUUCACGCGAAUUGCACACCAAACCUUUGAAACGUUGGACCACCUGGUCAUAUCCAAUUAGAAACAUUACCUUUGAUCCAAAGAAUGACAAUAUAAUUAUAUUACAUGAUGACACCAACAUAAUAAUACUUAACAAGGACCAGAAAGUGGAAAAUGAAUUAGAUGCGAAAGUUCCAAAAUUAGACUCAUCCAAGUUUAGAGAGUCAUUCCAAAACGGGGUAUACGUAAUUAACAAGUAUAAGCAUUUGGUAAAUUUAGAUUGGUUGUCUAAAGACGAAUUAGUGGCGGUAGAAAUAAACCCACUGCACAUAUUUGAACAGCUCCCACCAGCCUUUGAACGUAAAACUUUCGGUACAAAAUAAAUGUUUGUAUAUCAAUUGUUUUUAAUACAACUUUAUAACAA